AUGACCAGGUCCCGGAAAGCCCGCAGUAAGGCUUCCAAAGAUGCUCACCUUGCGAAGUAUCUCGCCUCUGCAAGCCGUGCAAAGGCGUUGAAAGGAUUAGAGGCCAACACAGAACGCCAGCAUAUCCAGUUCAACGACCUGGCCACACGCCUGCCGUCCAACGCCGAAAGGCUCAAUCGUGUUAUCGCACGCAACUUCCCUGGAUUGAACGCGGAGAACUUGCAACCUGCCGACUCAAACCACCGCCUUUUCUUCGCUGAGGAUACAACUGGAAACCCUCUUGCUAUGCGAAUUAGCAACGUCAUCAGCCGUACCACAGCAUUUCGUCUGGAAAAUGCCUGCCGCAAGCUUGAUUCGUUGGGGCCCAAAAUCCACCACCGCGAGGCCAAUCGGUCUGCGACGUCGGCGCUUCAUCUGGGGAUUUGGGAGACUUACGCUGCUCAUCCCCGUGUCUCACGCGACACGAUCGACCAAGAGCCACCGGUGCUGGAUGUGAUUGCCAAAAUCCUAAGGAUUUUGCAGGAGGACGUGGCUCCCAAGCUUGGAGCGUUGCUAAUGGAGCACUAUCCGGCCCAAUGGGCACGUCAAACAACGGCCUAUGACCGUGUGCGCAGAGAACUUAGUCAAGAGUUAGCGGCAAUGCCAUGGCUGGACUUUGGCGGCGCUUUUUUCACGGUGGCCAUCAAAGUUGGGUCCAGCGAGCAUUGGCAUGUAGACCGGAAUGAUGACCGCGGCGGCAGCAUUGCUUGGGUUGUUCCCGUCGGAGAGUUUACCGGCGGUGAUUUUUGCUCCCCCCAGCCACCAACUCGUAUCGCCGUCCGUCGAGGUCAGGUCUUGGGUGUGCAGGCACGACGGCUUAUCCACUGUGGGUUGAAAACGACGGGAGUUUGCCAUGUUUUUACGCUAUUUACGGAUGGGCUUCUGCUCAAGCUUGCGGAGGAAGGAAAGUAG